UAGACUUGAAAAUGAAUUUCUUUAAAUACCAAACACAAAAAAAUUUCAUUUAAAAAUGAAUUCCUCAAAGCCUACGAAUUCAUUUGUGCCAAAAGGUAUGUAAAACGAUUAUUUGAAUAGGAAUUGAUAUCUAGUCAUUAUAACUAUUCUACACCACCAUCCUUCGAUUAGUCGAGUAAUCUCUUAUUCAUUGUCAUUAAUAUUAUGUAAAUAUUGAUAUAUGGAUGACUAUUGAUCAUUACCACAUUAAAUGCUCACUUGGGAGUUACAUGUAACCCAUAUUCCUACAUUUGAAAUCUCCUUUAUGUUUUUUUUAUGAAUCGAAUUAUGUUAUAUCAUAAAAAAGGAUUGUUGGCAACAAUCCAAGCCAACUAGGAGCUAUACAAGUGACACAAAACUACUACAAAACCCCAGGCUAGAGCCAAACAAAAGGAGGAAUUAAACUACCAAAACUUCCCCCUAACUUGGUCCACAAGCAGCACACUAGUUUCAUUCUUGAUCAACCUACAAAGAACGCAACAUCCAUCCUCUCCCCAACAUAAAUCCGCCGACAUCGCUCGCACCAUAGAUUGCUCACUAGAGAACUCCAAAUGAGCUUUCAUGUCUCCUUCAAUGAAGAUGACCCUGCAAAAGCUUUGACAAUCUACUCCAUCUCUUGGCGCCAAGUAGAACAGGGAAGGCAUGGAAAUGCCUUGCCGAGCAGUAACUGAAAAAGACUUCGGUACACAUCACAAUUCGCAAACACAUGAUCAAUGGACUCUACAUCCUGGUCACAAAACACACAGUUCAGAGCAGCCUAAUAACCCCAGGCUACCAUCUUAGCUCUAGUAUUGACUCAUCCCUUUGCAAUCAACCAAACCAGAAAUCUAUUCUGAGGUAUCCCAAGCCCUUUCCAAACAACAUUCACCCAAACAGGUGGAGAGUGCUUUGGCCGAAUCGACUUCCACACUUUCUUCAUAGAGUAACUGGACAUUUCCUCCCCUUGCUAGCGAACCUUGCCAUUCCGCAAGGAAAAAUGAUGCUGGACCUUUAAUAUGAGCUUAAGAAGCCGCUUCCACCACCAAGACCCCGAGGAAGACGCUUGAUACUGCCAAAACGAACGGCUUUUAAGCUUUCUUUAUGGUUAAUCAAAAAUUGUAUUUGAUGCCCGAGGAGGUGCAACUCGCAUCCUCCCUCUCAAAAGUGUACUUGUUCUGCUACAAUGUGUAAACUAAACCAGAAAAACAAUUAUAAAAACCAUCAUUCUAUACUAUAAUUCUGAGGAGCUUCUGCACCUUCAACUGGAACGUGAUCUGGCUGCUGGCAAAUAUUGAGAAUUCCUUCUUAACCUUCUUCACAACUUGAGCUGGAGAAAUUGCCACCGUUUCACCAUGCACUCUUGCACAUCGCUCCUUCCAAAGCGUGCUGAUGCCCAUGAUCCACAAGACUCUCUCUCAACUGCUGGUGCAGCAGUAGAGAGAUUCCAAGCUGUCUCUACCCAUGUAAGCCGAGCACCCCAAUCUACAAAAUAAUGGAAACACCACACCCCUGCAAAAGCUCCUUCAACACAGCCCUACUAAAAGAGAAACCAUUAACCAAAUGAUCAUGAGUCUCUAUACCCCUAGGACAAAACACACAACCAACAUUACAAUUAAUUCCCCAGCUUUCCAACCUUUUCUUUGUUCUAACUCUGUCCAAUAUUACCAACCAGAGAAUCACACAGUGCUUGGGGAAAAUUGGCUUGGUCCAUACAAUAGAAAACCAUGAAAGAGUUGGGCUAGGGAUCCGAAUGGAAGCUCAUGCCUGCUUGACUGAAUAUCGAGCAAGAACAACCCCAUCCCAUGCCAAUGACUCCCCUGCUCCUAUUAUAUGUUGUUGCGCCAAGACCCUACGCUUCAGGAUCUUCCUCCAAACCCAAGUGCUAACUGUGCUAAGAGGAAUGGCCCACAUACUCCUUCCUUUCACCCUGUACUUCCUCAUCCAUGCCACCCAAAGAGACCCUGCUUCAGCUCAUAGGUUCCACAAAUCCCUGAUCACGCACGCCCUAUUCCAUAUCUUAAAGUCCUGAAUCCCCAAUCCACCCUCCUGCCUUAAUAAAGCAACCUUAGACCAAGCUACAAGAGCUUUCUUUCUCUUGCUACCAUCAACUCCCCACAAGAAUCUAUUACAAGCAUCCUCCACCAGUUUGAGCACCUUUAAAGGAAGCAGAAAGAUAGACAUCCAAUAUUGGAAUACACUAGUAAUAACUGAAUCAAUUAAUUAUAGUUUCCUUGCAUAACUCGGAGUUCUAGCUUGCUAAGUCUGGAUCCGUUUAGUGAUCUUAUCAACAAGACAAUCACAAUAAAGUGAAGUCAGUUUUCCAUAGAGGAUUGGCACGCCCAAAUAACGGGCAAGUAGCUCACCUAGAGGGAACCCAAACUGAUCAAAUAACACUUGUUUUUCUUCCCGAGAAAGCCCAACAUAGAAUAAUUGGCACUUUUGAGGGUUACAUUUACGGCCAAAGAUGGAAUAAAACUGUGAAAGUAACUGUUGUAUCCCAGCCAAUGCCAUGGGUGAUCCAUUAGAGAAUGCUACCAAAUCAUUCGCAAAACAUAGGUGUGUAAUUUCCAAACUCUUACAACGAGGGUGAAAUGGGAUCUGAUUACUCCUAACAACUCUAUUCAGAAGACAUGAAAACACUUCCAUAACAAUUGUGAAGAGAUAGGGGGAUAGUGGAUCCCCUUGUCUCAAUCCCUUAGUUGCAGGGAAAUAGCCACAUAAUCCUCCGUUGAAUGAAAUAUUAAGCAUAAG